AUAUUGACCUCGUUAUGAUUUCUCCAUAAUUGAUAUUCGCGUUAACCCUGAUUAGCCAUAUACGUAUUAAGUUAACUUAGCUAAAGGUCAGGUUAUUAAAGUACUUGCGUUCGUAUCCGUGUUUUAAAACCGUAAAACAAAGAUAUUCCCGUAAAGGGUAGCUACGUUCAUAAAUGUCCCUUUGUUGUCAACGUCAACAGAGAUAAUGUCACCUUGACAUAUGACAUGUAUGCGAUGGGAACGUGACGGAAUUGAUAGCAAUAAUUAUGUCGUUCUUAAUUUAUUUUACUGUUAACUAUGUAAAUUGAAUUAUCGCUAGCAUCCAUUAGACGUUAUGCUCGCGUCUGUCGGGGAGCGUGGGCUGUAGAGAUGGACGACGGGGGUAUGAACCACUACGAGCAACAGCUGUACACAGUGUUCAAAACGUUCGACGUAGAUAACUCGGAGGCGCUGGACCGCGCGGCCGUGCUGCAGCUGUGUGACGCUUUGCAGCUGGAGGGUCGCGGCGCCGCGCUGGUCGAGUCGCUGUUCGAGCGUCGCACCGAGCGCGUCACCUUCGCCACCUUCCGCAACGGGCUGCUCGGCGUGCUCGGCGCCAGCGAGCCCGCGCCCGCGCCCGCGCCCGACCACAGCGACGACGACUCCUCCGGCCGCGAGGUGGCGCCCAAGUUCGUGUUCGGCUCCAAGAAGUACGGGCGCCGCUCGCGGCCCGUGCGCGGCGCCCACGACGACGCCGCGCCGCGCGCCGCCUCCGCCUCGCGCCUCGACGCCGACGGCUGCGCGCGCCCCCGCAUGCGCUACAAGCGCAGCGCCUCCGCCAUGGAGGCCCGCACUCCACCCGACCUGCUCGACCACGAGCGCCGCAUAGACCGCGUGCAGGCCGCCGCGCUCUGCCGCGACCUUCACAUGGACGCGAUCGACCCGCGCCUCGUCGACCGCAUCUUCGACGACGCGCCCGCAGAAGAGACGACCGUCGGUGAGUUCUUUGACCAACUCAAUGCGGCGCUGACGCCGUUAGCUGCGGGCGAGGCUACAGCGCCGCCUUCCAUACCGCCGCCCGACCCGCCCGACGGAGAAGACGACGCGGAGGGCACCGUGACCGGCGAGGCGAUCGCGGAGGCCUGGGAGCGCGCCGGGGUGCGUCGACCGCGCCGACUCUUAGCCGAGCUCGGCUUCACUGCCCCCAUUUUGAGUGCCGCCGAGCUGGAACGCGCGUUGGACGACGAGAUACGCGCGCUGCCGGCGCGCGAGGAGCGUGAUGCGAGGCCUCUCCUACAACAGGCGGCGUUGGCAGUCAGCCGUCUACGACGGGCCGGCGCCCGCGCGCGCGCCGCCGCCGCCGCGGCCGAGCGCGACAAGCUCCGCGCCGACCUCGCCGAGGCCAACCGGCGCGCUCAACUCCUCGCCCAGGACGUCGACGAGAACCACGCGCGAUUAGAAGCGGAGAGGCAGGCGGCCAUUCGUCUAUUAGAAGCGCGGCGCGAAACCACGCGCGCCGUCAGCAACGAGGCCGCCGCGGAGCGCGAGCGGGCCGCGACGAUUCGCGCCGAAUUGGAAGCGGAAGUCGCGCGACGCGGAGAGGUAGAGGCGAAGCUGCGCGCCGAGCUGACGGCGCUGCGGUCGAGAUCGGAACAGCUGGAAAGACGCGUGAGCGUCGCGGAGGAGAGGGCUACGGCGGCGGAACGCGAGCGAGCGCGGACGGAAGAGGAGGCGCGCGCGGCGGCCGCGGCGGCGGAAGUGCGCUCGGAGGAGGGUCGCUCGGCUCGCUCGGCGCUGGAGCGGCAGGUGCUGGAGCUGCGCGCGGAGUGCGCGCGGCUGCGGGACCGCGCGGACGAGCUGCAGGCGGGGCUGGAGGCGCGCGCGCGCCCGCCGCCCGCCGCCGCCGCCGCCUCCGCCUCGUGGCGCGACGAGGCCGCACUGGACGGGAUCGAAGAGUGUGACUCGUCACCGCCCAGCAUCGAGCGCCUAGUCCUCGAAACGGACGCCGCUCGCCGCCUCCGGUCAAUCGCCGACUCUUUGUCACCAGAGUGCGCGCACUGCGCGGCUGCCGCGGCGGCGUUGCGGGGGCUGAGCGACUCGCCGGCGGCGCGGGGGCCGAGUGAAGCGACGGCGGCGCAGGGCCCAAGUGAAGCGACAGCGACGCAUAGGUUAAGUGAGUCAACUGAAGCAGCUGUUCAGACAGAGGAAAGGGAUGAAGAAAAGCGCAUCGAAGAGCUACAGAAGAAACAUGAAGCCGAGAAGAGUGACUUGAAUAAUUUAAUUGCGCCCCCGGCGAUCGUCGUGCGUUUCUGCCAGCGUCGCCGCAAGGACGAGCUGGUGACGGCGGCGCGCGCGCGCCGCGGCCUGACCAGCGCGGAUGCCGGUCUCCCGGGCCCGGCGGUGCCUAUCUACGUGAACGAGCAUCUCACGGCUGUAAACAAGGUGCUACUUAGGUAUGAAGUGUAUAGACGUGAUAGAACAGGGCGUACAGCGCAGCGCGGCGGGGGCGUGCUGGUGGCAGCGCGGCGCGGGCUGAGUGUGUCGCGCCGGGACGAGUGGUGUGCGUCGCCGCGGCACGAGGAGCUGUGGCUCACCGUGGAGCCGCGGGCCUGCGCCGGCGCCGCGCCCCGCUCUCCGCGCGCCUCGCCCCGCCAUCGCCAACCGGCCGGCCGGCCGCCACUGUUGCACAUCGCUUCGAGCGACGCGCGCCUCGGCGAGCUGCUGGCGCGCGUCGCCGAGUACGAGGCGCAGUUCCGGCCCAGGCUGCCCGCGCUGCUCGAGAGCGAGCUGGAGCCGCAGUACCAGCAGCUGGCGCAGGUCAGUGCUGCGGACAGUCAGCGAGCCACGCGCGCCUCGGCGAGCUGCUGGCGCGCGUCGCCGAGUACGAGGCGCAGUUCCGGCCCAGGCUGCCCGCGCUGCUCGAGAGCGAGCUGGAGCCGCAGUACCAGCAGCUGGCGCAGGUCAGUGCUGCGGACAGUCAGCGAGCCACGCGCGCCUCGGCGAGCUGCUGGCGCGCGUCGCCGAGUACGAGGCGCAGUUCCGGCCCAGGCUGCCCGCGCUGCUCGAGAGCGAGCUGGAGCCGCAGUACCAGCAGCUGGCGCAGGUCAGUGCUGCGGACAGUCAGCGAGCCACGCGCGCCUCGGCGAGCUGCUGGCGCGCGUCGCCGAGUACGAGGCGCAGUUCCGGCCCAGGCUGCCCGCGCUGCUCGAGAGCGAGCUGGAGCCGCAGUACCAGCAGCUGGCGCAGGUCAGUGCUGCGGACAGUCAGCGAGCCACGCGCGCCUCGGCGAGCUGCUGGCGCGCGUCGCCGAGUACGAGGCGCAGUUCCGGCCCAGGCUGCCCGCGCUGCUCGAGAGCGAGCUGGAGCCGCAGUACCAGCAGCUGGCGCAGGUCAGUGCUGCGGACAGUCAGCGAGCCACGCGCGCCUCGGCGAGCUGCUGGCGCGCGUCGCCGAGUACGAGGCGCAGUUCCGGCCCAGGCUGCCCGCGCUGCUCGAGAGCGAGCUGGAGCCGCAGUACCAGCAGCUGGCGCAGGUCAGUGCUGCGGACAGUCAGCGAGCCACGCGCGCCUCGGCGAGCUGCUGGCGCGCGUCGCCGAGUACGAGGCGCAGUUCCGGCCCAGGCUGCCCGCGCUGCUCGAGAGCGAGCUGGAGCCGCAGUACCAGCAGCUGGCGCAGGUCAGUGCUGCGGACAGUCAGCGAGCCACGCGCGCCUCGGCGAGCUGCUGGCGCGCGUCGCCGAGUACGAGGCGCAGUUCCGGCCCAGGCUGCCCGCGCUGCUCGAGAGCGAGCUGGAGCCGCAGUACCAGCAGCUGGCGCAGGUCAGUGCUGCGGACAGUCAGCGAGCCACGCGCGCCUCGGCGAGCUGCUGGCGCGCGUCGCCGAGUACGAGGCGCAGUUCCGGCCCAGGCUGCCCGCGCUGCUCGAGAGCGAGCUGGAGCCGCAGUACCAGCAGCUGGCGCAGGUCAGUGCUGCGGACAGUCAGCGAGCCACGCGCGCCUCGGCGAGCUGCUGGCGCGCGUCGCCGAGUACGAGGCGCAGUUCCGGCCCAGGCUGCCCGCGCUGCUCGAGAGCGAGCUGGAGCCGCAGUACCAGCAGCUGGCGCAGGUCAGUGCUGCGGACAGUCAGCGAGCCACGCGCGCCUCGGCGAGCUGCUGGCGCGCGUCGCCGAGUACGAGGCGCAGUUCCGGCCCAGGCUGCCCGCGCUGCUCGAGAGCGAGCUGGAGCCGCAGUACCAGCAGCUGGCGCAGGUCAGUGCUGCGGACAGUCAGCGAGCCACGCGCGCCUCGGCGAGCUGCUGGCGCGCGUCGCCGAGUACGAGGCGCAGUUCCGGCCCAGGCUGCCCGCGCUGCUCGAGAGCGAGCUGGAGCCGCAGUACCAGCAGCUGGCGCAGGUCAGUGCUGCGGACAGUCAGCGAGCCACGCGCGCCUCGGCGAGCUGCUGGCGCGCGUCGCCGAGUACGAGGCGCAGUUCCGGCCCAGGCUGCCCGCGCUGCUCGAGAGCGAGCUGGAGCCGCAGUACCAGCAGCUGGCGCAGAAAACUCCUUUGGCUCCGCGGCCGGCGUCUGACGGCGACCAGCGUCUGGGCUCGCAGCCACCUGGAAGUGGCACGUGCGCGUGCGCAGCGUGGACGGCGGCGUGGCGGCGCUGUGCGGCGGCGGAGGGCGCGACGCUGCGCACGCGCUGCGCGCACGCCGAGCGCGCCGCCGCGCGCCUGCUGGCGCGCCUGCACGCCGCCGACGCGCUGGUGGCCGAGCUGUACAAGGAGAACUGCCAGCUGCAGCACCGGCGCGUGUCGCCCCGGCUGCUGUGACGCAGGUACGAGUGCGCCGACUCUCCGGAAGUUUACCGAGUGCGAAGCGACAGGAGCUUCUAUAUUGACACAUCCGCGCCGACGAACGAGUGACGUGUCAGAAACGAAGCUGUCGGAUAGCUAUAUUGUCACGUUACGCUUUUGUAAGAGUACGCUUCGAUUACCGUACCGUGUGCGCCCCGAGCUCGGAUCGCCGCGGCGAGAUCCCCGGUCGUUGAAUAAACGAGUACACUCCUGUUGAAUCGUCGCGCCGCCUCCGCUCAAAACGACCGGGAGCCUAGAUACGAAAUGUAUACGAAAGCGGCGGGAGUAGAUAGCUUCUUAUACUCGCUUUUCGUUAGCCUCCGAACCUAUGUUCUCUAUGACGGAUAAGAUGUUUCGGCGCAUUCGCUACCGUAAACUUCCGUACCUCCAAAUACAUAUUCAGCAUAAUGACCUACCAUAAUGAAGAUCUUUCAUACUUUAUUUUAAUUUAUGAAUUUCACUACCAUAAUUCUUACUUCUAAACUGACCGAACGGCCUCGUCCAACGAUUACUUCCAUAUCCAAAAUAAAAACCGGAAACAAAACCGAAAAACAAAUCACGAGCCACAGGAAUAAAUAUGUGCAACACUAUUUUAAACAGCUGACUGAGGACAGCCCUCUCGCCGAGAAUAUUGGCUCGAAUGAAGCAAACGAACGCACAUAGGCACGGGCGGUUCCGCACGACGCUCGCUCAGUGUUGAGCUCACCCAGCGGAGCCCGCUUACGACACCCAAGUCUAGUAUCAGAAAUGUACAGUAAAUCAUUUAAAUUGUAGUUAAAUAUGCCUACUCUGUUGCCGCAUUUAUACAGGCCAGAUUAACAUGUACGUUUGCGCGAUAAAAAGUUGUGAUUACGAUUAUGUGACAUCAUUCCGAAUUAGAAUAAGAAUUUAUAAGUAUAAAUCAAUAUUGCGUCGACUGUGUGUCUCAAAUGAUGCCAUAUAUCAUUAAUUUAUUUUUGACAAAACCGUUGAAAUUUGUUAAAAGCUUCUGUUUUAUUAACAUCGACAAUUUUAUUGAAAAUUACCGACUUAUUAUACCAAGGAGUAUCUAUUCAAUAUUUCAUAACUAUUUAAGUACAAUUAUAUUUUUACUUUUUGUAUACUAAAUGUAUUCAUAUUGAAAUGUAAAAAAUACAUACUCAAAACCUGUUAAUAUUGAUAUUUAAAAAAAUAAUUAAUUGAGAAGAUAUUUUUAGAAAUUGUAAUAAAAGUGCAUCGGUGACGGAUGCAGUUUUAUCACGAGGUCAGACUAUUUCCCAUAGUACCUAUAUUUACAAUAUAUGUAUGUUUAACUCCACUUUGUUGUUAUAAUGUUUAAUCUUCAAACUUGGCAUAAGGUUUUGACCAAUAUUUAAAAUGUACAUACUGUACAUAAAUGUGACCUACAGAUAUGUCAUUUAUUAUACAUUCUUAUAAUCAUGUUAUAAUUUGUGCAUACUAUAAGUUUUGUCACAAUUUCGUUUUCUGUCAACCCCUUAUUUGCCAAGAGUGGCACUGAAACUUGAGUAGUUUCAUGUGCUCUGCCUACCCCUUCAUGGGAUACAGGCGUGAUUGUAUGUAUGUUGUAUGUAUGUAUAAGUUUUGAACAAUAGGGUUCCUUCCAAAACGUUUGUGAACUGUAAAAGAUGCCUAACAUUUUAAUUAUAUUGUUGACUUAAAUACUUUUGCUGUACAUGCUUCCAUAACAGUUUCUUCAUGCCGGGAUCAAUAAGUUGACCCAUAUAAUCUUUGAAUUAUUAUAUUUUAAUAUUUAGACAACGAUAUACCUACAAUAGAUAUGAUGAAGCUGCUCAACAUUGCCUACUAUGCGAAAUAUUACCUAGCUAGAGACUCUAGCUACUAACGUCGUGUAGUUCAAUGAUAUAUUUAGUGACGUAAGUGUAUAUGUGGGCGUGUAAUGCACGCCGAUAGUGCCUUUUUGUCGAAGUCGGCGCUGACAAAUAAUGUGUAUAAUUUCUCCACUGAGAUCUUAAAUUAUUUGCCGGUCAUACACAGAUUAUAUUUAAACAUUAAACAAUGUCAAGGCAGUCAAAAUAAUCUAAUCGCGACUGUUAAUACUGUUAUACAGAGUGCGUGCUCCAAUAUUUUUGGUAUUUUGGACGUUUUCAUGGAGUUUUUAAUUGUGCGUUUGUCGUCGGUACGACAAACAUAUUACUUAUAUUAAAUCUUCACGUUUAAAGGGUCGAAAUCUAUUUCGAAAUUAGUUAUAACUUUAUAACGUAUUAGCCAGCUGUGUUAUUUUGACCGGAAAUAUUGUUGAUGCAUCAUCCUGCACUUAAAAGAGUUGUGUUGUUGUGAAUAUGUACGGAUGUGUAUGAAUGUUGUGUUUUAGGCGUAAGUUUGUAAUUCUAUAACACGGUCUACCGAGAAGUGCUUCGUGAUGACUUCCUGCAAAGACAGGCAAUAACUAAAUCAAUCAUUGUCGGACUCCACAAUGAUUGACCCUGUCUCCCCCAGUCGAAAUAAAAUGCAUUUCUAAGUAAACUUCAAUAUUUUUACACGAUUGUGAGUUAACGUGAUGCAAUUUGAACGAAUUAUAUAUAAAUUACGACACAUUUUGUUGAAAUGUUUAUUGUAGAUAUUUAUAUAAUGAAGAACAAUGAACCCCCCACGGGUUAUAUCUAUCUCAUUCCUUCUCAAGCGAGAGGUCCCGGCCGAGCUGCAGGCCGAACGUGAGAACUUAGUCAAGUAGAUAGGGCGUUUGUAAUUGUAUGACUUAUAGUGUAAUUAAAAUAUUACACACAAGCACUGUGUGGAAAUUGAAAACAAAGUGACCCGUUUUGAUUCCUCUUAGCCUUUAGUAUAUAAAAAUUCACAAUCUGCUUGUUGUUAUUGACGUGUCACAUGAGCAAGACAUUUACUUACAUGUUUUAUAUGAUGUUACCCAGUUGCAAAACCGUCAAUUACCACGACUGCGAUAUUGCACCAUUCAAAUAAAGGCCUUAAAUGUGUUUUAUCCGACAGAUGAAAAUAAUUCCUUAAAGUAAGUAAAUAAAUUUUACGUUUAUGCAACUGGAGACCUUUUUAUCCAAAAUAGCUAGAUUAUUGUUGACAAUUUGAGUGUUUGAUAAUUGAUAUUUUUAUCAUAAUUAUAUAUAGUAUCAUUAUGACGGUUUUAUGUGAUUUUACAGUUAGUAUUGAAACAUCUGUGUGACAAAAUUAGUUAAAAAAUUUAACCGAUGUGUUUUACAAUGAAGGUAUAAAGAAAGAAGCCUCGCUUAAUAUAACGGGCUACUAAUUCUUUAGUUUUAUUCUUCAAUACAAAUGUAUCAAUGCUAACCGUCAUUUCAUCGCAUUUUCGUAAUGUAUGUUAUGUAUAUGUAAUAAUAUGUAUCACCCUUUGUACGAGUUAGCACGACAGUGCAAGUGCGUGUGUAUCGCUAACCCAGCGACAGUUCCCCGGGACGGGAGACGGGACGCGCGCUGCCGACGGCGGCGCCCGCGUGCUUCGUUUCGUUGUCCAAUAAGUGCUAUAUCCUCUUGGUUUCACUUGGACGUGUGUAGGUACAGUUAUUCUGUCAACAUUUUGACUAUAUGUGUGAUGUCGCCUAUUAAAUUCCUUCCUCGUUUUUAAAUUGACCGUUUAAGCUAUACAAGAUCCGCUCAGAAUAGUUUUGGUUUUGGUUAUAUGUGUGAUAUGAUAUAGACUGUACCUACCUGCCUACCGCUUGUCUAAAGUAAACAACUACGUAAAAGUUAACGCUUUCACCACUUGUCAGUAUAUUUAUUAUAAAGACAUACAAUCAAGUGAAACCAACUUAUGCUAUGCUACAUACAGCACUGCGCCUGUUCAACUAUCGCCAAAUCGUAUAUGAAUUGCACUGACAACUUAGUCGUUGAAUAAGUAGUUUGAUGAUUUAAUAAGGAAUCUCAUGUAACUUUAUCAUUUUUAAUUUCUCUAGAUUUACAUAGAGCUUAAAAUUCAAAAUGAUAAAGUUACUUGAGAUUCCUUAACGACUUUGUGUGGGAACAGAAGAGUCAUAGAACGUAUUAAUACAUCCGAUGAUUCUUCUCUUUUCGCACAUACUCUAACGUCCAUCCAGGAUGAUUACAAUUGAAGCCAGAGCCCUAACCUAAAUGUGUUAUGCGCCUGGUAGAAGCACCACUCGACGCCGCCGCCGACGCAUUUUAGCAUCGGCUCGCUGUCGCCGAAAAAUUGGAGGUCGAUGGCCAAUUGGCCAUACCAAUGCCAAGUCGCCGUAUUAUAUUUUUUAUUUUUAUUCCGAUGCAUAUAGUCAUACUAGUUAUGAAAAAAAAGCUGCACUUUUGUAAGUGUAAGAAAAUUUACGUCUCGCACUGAAUAACUUCAAAGAAUGACAGACA